GAGGAGGAGGAGAGGGGGGACAGAAGGGAGACCGACGUGAGCGCGGCGGCGGCGGCGGCGGAGGAGGCGGCGCAGGAGGCAAGGAGGACCAGGACCCGGCCUCGAGGAGGGUCUCCCGUGCCAGCACCGCCAACAGGACGGGGGGCACCAUGCAGCCGGGCUCCAGGACGUCCUCUUCCUCCAACUCGCUGGAGCUCUUCGUGGGACCCAACUUCAGAGUCGGGAAGAAGAUCGGCUGCGGGAACUUCGGCGAACUUAGAUUAGGAAAGAACUUGUACAACAACGAACAUGUCGCCAUCAAAUUGGAACCAAUCAAGGCAAAGGCGCCUCAGCUGCACCUCGAGUACAGGUUCUACCGUAUGCUGGACGCGGUGGGAGAAAACGAGAAACAGAGAGAGGACUCGGCCGAUGAGGAGAAAGUGAUCGACGGUUAG